AUGCCGCCGAAGGUUCCGGUGCCCAACAAGAAUACCGUGCCACCUGCCAGGCCUCAGACCCCUUCGACCCCGCAAGGGAAGAAUGCCAAGGGCAAGGCGAAUGCGGAGAAAUCUGAGGCCAAGUCCAAGGCCGCACCAAAAAGAAAGACGAGUACCGCUGGCAAAGGACGAGGCAACAGCAAGAACCCCAAGGGGAAGGUUGCAGUUGUCGAAGCUGUGGAAGUGGAUACCAUCGAGGUGGAGCCAAAGAACGUAGCGAAGUCAGUGCAAGUUCGAGGGAUCGAGGUCACGUCCGGGCAGAACCUUCCUCGCAAGCUGCUUGAGAAGUUAGUGGACCUGCCCUUCGUCGCUGGAUACUCGAAACUCAGCCUUCAGCGAGUUUCCUACAGCACAAAGGCGCCUGAGAAAUUGCAGCCUUCGCCAUCGGUCCGUUCCUCGCCGUCCAUGAGCCCAGGUCGAUCCAUGACAGGAAAGGGCUCCGAGCGUGGCCAGAAGUCCGAGCCUGCAUCCCCGACGCUGGCACAGUUCUUGCAGGGUCAGGGCCCUGGGGGCCCCCAGGGCCCUGAAAGAGAUGAGCAGGAGGACACUGAUGUCAUGCUGCUCAUCGCCGUCGCUUGCGGUGCAGAGCCUUCGAAGCCUUGCCUCCUACGCGUUGGGCCCACGGAGCUUCUGCAGGAGGAGGCGGAGUGGGUCCCAUACUUCCGCGAAGCCUACGGCCCAUGGUGCCCCGGAGAAGCCCAAAUGUCAGAAACCAAUUGGCUGCACGACAUCAUGCAUUUACCACUUGCAGGUGGUUGCUGCUUGCUGCCGGCCAUUGCAAACCUUGGGGCUCCCACAGAUGUGCGGAGCUUUUCAAGGCAGUUCGGCGAAGCUCUGUCAGACAUGGAGGGGACUGUGGCCAACUCGGCCCUGGCUGCCAGCGAGCUUGUCUGCAGCUGGAUCCUAGCUCAACCCUUCGAUGUCUGCGAGGAACACACUCUGAACUUGGCACAAGUCUUCAACAAUGUCGACAACAUGAUCAUGGGCCACACGCACCCCCAUCUUGGUGUGGAGUACUACGAUGGUAUGGGCUCUGAUCUUGUGGAGAGCCAGCUUGGCGGACCGACAACCGACGGUGUCGCGAUGGCGGAGCUGACCAAGAUUGUUUCGGAUCUCAUUCCCGGCAUGAAGCAAACACGGCCCUCACAGUUUCUGACGUGGUUCCAUGGCCAAAUGGCGAGCACGGGGUCCAAAUGGAAUCUAGCUGCGUGGUACUCCAAGAGCACGGCACCUAUCGACUUCGACUGCAUCCUGCAGGACGCGAAUGGACAAGCAUGGCUGUCCGUAUGCAGUGCGAACUCGUCGAUGCCGCGGUUUGUCGCCAUGCCGCCUGCUGAGAACGAUGCUCGAUGCCGUCACGUUUUUGCGCGUCUGGCGCAUUGGCUGCUGUCAGGAGUAUUGCUGUUCGCGCCUUUGGAGAGCCCAGCGGACCAGAAGCAUCUUCGUGAGUUGUGUAUGGUUUUGGCAAGCAUUCCCGAAGACAACAUCGACCACUUGGCGCCCCCCGCGCCACCUGCGGAGGCGAGCUUGCAUGUUCGUUUUGUGUGGUCCUUCGUUCGGCGGGUCUGCCGAUGUGUGCGCUGGCACACUAGACUCACGAAACCUACUUCUUCGGGAAAGCCACGCGUUGUUUUGGGGAAGCCCGGUCUUCAGAUGCUUUGGGCUUUGCUCGACACUGCCAUUGAGAUGGUACCAUCGGCUCGCACCCGGCACUUUCCUGAGCGCAAGCGGCUGGCUUUGUGGGCCAGCGUAUGCUUGGCAGCGAGGUUGGGCGUGGUGUCUGGCAAGAUCGAGGAGCCGAGCUGGCUUUCAGACAGGUACAAGCUCUGGCGUGCGCCCGAGGACGGGGGGCUGGACAGCGAAGGAGCAGCGGCACAAGUGCAGAUGAUCCGCUUUGGACUGGAUGAAUGCUGGUCAACAGAUCCUGUCACGAAGCAGCUCAGAUCCAUCCAUGCAGACGACUUGCCCUGGGAAAUCUUGGGGGAAAAGGCUCCAAGCACAGAAAACGGCGUUCUUGAAGAAGGCACCGAAAGUGCAGGGCCCACGACGGCGCCCACGGGAGAGCACCUGCCAGAGGAGGCUGCCAAGCCCGAGGAAGCCGCAGCUUCGGAUGUUCUAGAUGCUGAGCAGCCCGGGGCCCCGAAGAAGGAAGCACCCAAAACAAUGCAGGCUCUAGAAAGCACGAUGGGAUACUUGGUGCGGAAGGAGUUGGAGCAAAAGAGAAGGCUGGUCAUCACAGGUGGCCUAGGUGCUGGAAAGAGGUCGAUCUCCGCGGGCAUCAUGGCAGAGCUGGUGACUUCACAGGUGUGGCACCAGGCUAUCUUCCGCUUUCCUGUGCGCAUGUCCAUGGCGCAACUCUCGCAGCACGUGAAUUCCAAAGCCGCGGAUGCGCUGCAGCAGCACUUCGCCUCCUGCCGGCACCUGGCACCGGCCAGUGCAUGGGAGCGGGCCAAAGCACCUCCCUGGCCUGCCCGCUCAGGCCACCAGGUCGUGCGUGAGAAUGACCGCAUCUUCGUCAUUGGCGGGUUCAGCACAGAGAAGCUGAAGCCGUUGCAGGACGCCUGGGUGUCGCAGGAUCAUGGCCAGACGUGGGAAGAGCUGCCCACGCCCGCAUGGCCAGCACGAAGUGGGCACCAGGUCGUUUGCUGGGAGGACAAGCUGAUUCUGCUGGGAGGUGUUGGCGAUGAGGAUCGGCGUCUGCGGGAUGGCUGGCAGUCUUCAGAUCAAGGUGAGACCUGGCAGGAGCUUCCCUGUCCAAGGUGGUCUGCCCGAUACGGCCACCGGGCAGUGGUGGUAUCUCUGCAGGUGAAGGAGGUGCCCACGCCUCACCUACUGCUGAUGGGUGGCAACGGUGCCGGCAACAAGGCCUUCAAGGAUGUUUGGGCCUCGGAUUCGGGUGGCUUCUCCUGGUUUGAGCUGGACCCGCUUCCAUGCAGCCCUCGCUGGAAUUUCGCUUUGACCCAGUUCCGCAACGAGAUCUGGAUAACUGGCGGUGCCGAUGAGCAGCACUCCUUCAACGAUUGCUGGAUCAUGACCCACGAAGUCUGGCCAAGCAAAUCUGCUGGGGGCGGCAGCGGCAGCGGCGGCGGCAGAAGGAAGUCAAACAUGACAAUGACUGCAGUAGCGGAGCCACAGGAGUCUCCCUGGAAGCACUUCCAGGGCGCCCCUUGGUCUGAGCGAUCACUUCAUCAGGUGAUGCCCUUUAGGGGGCAGCUGGCCAUCUUUGGCGGCGUGACCAGCAGCGGCCAAGUCCUGUCGGAUGCGUGGCUCUCCGAGGACGGUCAAACCUGGGGACAGCUUCCGGAGCAUGCCUGGGCGUUCGUCGCCGAUCGCUUCGGCCAACAGGCCGUCCAGCUGGAGGACAGCCGUGUGCUGGUAACUGGUGGCACCGGUGGCGGCCGAGACGUCUUCAGAUCCAGGUUGUUUGCUCUGGCGCUUGAGGGCAUCGAUGAGGGCCUCAAAGACACGGAGGCGGUGGCGUACUUAGAUAGGCUUAUUGUGCACGAACCUGGGCACUUGAUCCUGGGAGUGAGCUCCCUGCUGGAGCUGGGCGAUGCACCCCUUGAGGCACCAGGCGCCGAUGAUGGAGCUGAAGAUGAGCCACCGGCGGAGGAUUCCGUCAACUCCUGUUUCAGGAGGUGGGGAUUUGCAGAGCUGCGCGUGAAGCCCCUGGAGAUCAGCCACCUUCAGACCUUGUGCCGCCAGUGGACGCGGAACAUGCCAGAGCUCCGUGAGCAGGUGGAGGCCGAGAUGAUCCAGCCGGACAAUUUCGACCUCGUGAACAGCCCGCUCACGGCCAUCACCGUGCUGAGGGACCUGGUCCCGAGAUCUCCGUCCGACAGGAAGCAGAGGUUGACACGCUGCCAGCUCUAUGAGCAGAUGUUUAAGCGCGUCUUCCAGAGCUACCAAGCUCUGAAAUCCCACGACAGCAAAGCUUUCGCCGAGCUGCACAAGCAGGGCGUGACGGUUGCAGUGGCCGAGCUCGCCUAUGAAGCCCUAGGCCGAAACAGCCGGACGAUCAAGGCGCACGAGCUGGCCUCCUUCGUUGCCUCACUGAACGUCAAGGAGAUGGUGGAGCCCAUGGAGAAGCUAAUGAAGCUCGCGCAAUCUGGACAAUUGCUUCUUCUGGAGGAGAAGGACGGUGGCCUUCGAUUCCGCUACCCCUCCAUGCAGGAUUUUCUGGCGGCGCAGUGUGCCUGGCAGCGCCUUUUGGAGGGCAAGGGCUUGCCUACAUGGCUGGUGCAGGAGAACGCUGCUGGGAACGUUUCCGAAGCUGUGACGAGCUGCGCCAAGUUUUUCUGCCUCCAGGCAGAGGGCAAAGAGCCGUUGAAGAAAGAGCUUCUGCUCGAGCUCCGGGAAGGGCUGACUUUCCUCCUGCAGACCAUGUGCAAGGCUGGAAAUGCCCUUGCGAUCCGUUGCCUGCUCGGAGUGGCUGCUGCAGGGGCCCGGCAACAGCUGAUGGCGAUGCACUCGCCCUCCGGUGUGAACCAAACCGGCCUCCACUUUGCAGCUGUGCAUGGGCACAAGGAAGUGAUUGACAUGCUGCUGGAACUUGCACCAGAGCCAAUGCAGCUGUGCCAGGCAGUCAACGCCGAUGGUAUGGCACCCCUGCAUUGUGCGGCCAGGGAUGGCCACGAGACCACGGCACGAGCUCUUUUGAAGCGAUCUUCGAACGGCUUGGCCUUGCUGCAGAUGCCCCAGAAAAACAGCUCGACACUCCGGCCUCUGCACCUCGCCGCAAAACACGGGCACGUGGCUGUCGUGAAGUGCUUCCUCGAUUAUGCACCAAAUCCCACAGCUCUCUGUGCUGAGUCCAACAGUGCGGGCAACACGGCGUUGCAUUUCGCAGCAGCAGGAGGACACACGGUGUGCGCGCAAGCCAUCCUGACUCAUGCCGGGCCCCCGAUUGCGCUGCCAGAUCGUGCCCUCCUGCUGCUGACCGCUGUAAAUAGAUUUGACCGGCAGACCGCGCUUCAUGUGGCGGCUGAUAAAGGGGAGAAUGCAGUCGUCGAGCUGCUCUUGCAGCUGGCGCCGGACAAGGGCGCACUGCUGGCCAUGUCUGAUAAGCUGGGUCAAACCGCGUUGCACUUGGCCUCGGAGAAAGGACAUGCCACCGUGGUGCAACGGCUUCUGAGUCUUGUGGGCGACACAAGCGGCCUGCUGGCCACCAGGGAGCGCAUCACAGGGCAAACGGCGUUGCACAUGGCCGCGGAGUGUGGCCACAGUCAAGCCGUUCACGCGCUGCUGAAAGCCUGCCCAUAUGCAGAGACUUCCUUAGCCACGGAUCGCUGCGGUCGCUAUACAGCUUUGCAUCUUGCAGCAGAGCGAGGUCACCUGGAAACCGUGCGGGCCCUGCUCCAGCACGCUCCAGAGCUGGAGCGUCUCCUGAUGGCACAAGAGCGCUUCGCAGGACAGACUGCUUUGCACCUGGCAGCUGCAGCGGGUCACGCUGCGCUCUGCAAAGUUCUUCUCGAGAUGGCUCCCAGCCCUGCGAUGCUGCUUGCAGCCAAGGACAAGUCUGGCGGAUUUACACCGCUGCAGCUUGCCUGCGAGAAGGGGCAAGCCGAGGUGGUGGAAGCUCUGUUGGAAGCCGACCCGGACCGGGCCAUGCGCUUGAAGGAUUGCCUGGAGAAGUGGAGCGGCUUCUCGGCCCUGCACCUCAUCGCCUACCGUGGCCACGAAGAGGCCGCCAAGGCCCUCCUGCGGGGGGCGCCGGACAAGCGAGCGAUCUUGGCCUUGAAGGACCAGCGUGGCAGAACUGCAGCCGACUUGGCUGCUGACAGAGGCAGACGGCCGGUUGCUUCUCUCCUGGCAGAUGCAUACGGAGCUGUCACGGAGCUGUCGCGCCGGCCUGGCAACUCAGGCUCGACGCCGGAAUCCCAGCCGGCUUCCAUGAGCCAGUUCAUGGAGUUGAACGUGCUGGAGGCACUUGGGCGGUUGGCGGAAGGCAUCUACCGCCUACGUGGAUACGCCGAACUCAACCACGCGGCAGUGUUCAAAAUACUGCGCAAGCACGACAAGAUCCUGAAGCGUGAAGAUGGCAUUGCCUUGAAGUAUCCGUUCAACAUCGAGAACACAAUUUUCGCGGACAUGGGCGCGUUUGAAGCCCUGGACGCCAGCGUUCGACAGGCCUUCCAAAAUCGAUCUGCAUCUGCAGAGCCCGGGAUUUCUCCCGAGGAGCUGUCGAAGUGCGACGCCCAAUGGAUCGAGCAGCUGCUCGAGGACCGUGCGGCUGAGAUCCUCUUCAACGGCGUGGAGAGGACGGAGCCGGCCUCCGAAGAUGGUUUGAUCUACCUAUACUUUCCGGCUCUGGAGAUCGGCCCCUACAGCACCCAGGUGCGGAUGACAGUCCGGAUCAGCCUCCAGCCGCAAAGGGCCGAGGUGCAGGUCUUGGAGAUCAACCCGGGUCUGCGGGACAAGAGAACUGGCAACGUCGAGUACCAAAAGGACUUGGAUAAGCUGCUCGAGGCCAACGCGGAGAUCGUGCUUCGUUGGCAAGAUGAUCCGCGUUCGGACGACCUGCGCAUAGUGCAGCAGGCUCUCCAGCGGUUCAAGUACUAUUUGCCUGGAUGGUUUCCGGUGCCAGAUUCGGUCACAGAAGCCGUUCUCAGGACCUUCAUCACCAGUGCGAUCAAAGCCGGCCAGGAUGAGGUCUUCAGGGCACUUCAGAAAGAAGCAGCUGUCGCGCUUUUGGCCGCAGGCCUUGGGAAGCGUUCUGCGACUACGGCCGGGCUCCAGGGCCCCGCCUUGCGAGCUGAACGGCUCCUCUUUUUCUUCAUUGGGUUGUCCUUGGCGCUAGUGCUGGCGAUAAUCGUGCUGAUGGCGCUGCCCGCCAAAGACCCCGCCACGUUCUCGCGGGACUAUUUCCUUUGUAGCUUUCCAGUGUUCCGAGUUUGCCUUAGUCUCGUCUUGGUUAUAAUUGGAAUGGCCACCGUGACCCGUGUUUGUGAGGACAACUUCGUAAAUCAUUUUUUCAUCUUGACCAUCGACCCCAGAUGUCGAAUUAGUCCCAACUUCUUGUUCAGCUGGGCCAUGUUGCUGAGCUCGGCCUGGAUCCUCAUCUUCGGCAUGUAUGUCGUUGAUUACAAGUGGAUGGUCCUUCCUUUGGUUUGGUCGUCAUCGACCAGGCUGGAGCGUGCCUCGUGGCACUACGUCCUCUAUCCCGUCGUUCUUGCAGGCAUUUCUUUCAUCCUCUUGGUGCAGCCCUCGUCCAUAUGCCGGUUUCGAUACAAGGCACAGCUCAUACGUGGGGUUGGCAGAACAUGCUUGGCUCCACUCUAUGCUGUCAGCUUUUGUGACAACAUGAUUGGUGAUGUGCUCACAAGUCUAGCGCGGCCUCUGCGGGACGUGCCAGCUGCAAUCUGUUACCUGAGCUCCCAUCAUCCGCAGCUGCAGUCCUCGAUGGAGCGCUUCAUCCGGAACGGCAGCACCUGUCCAUCUUGGGAGGCAACCUACGUGCAGCCACUCAUUGGAGGGGCUCCUUUCUGGUUCAGGCUGCUGCAGUGUGCCCGCCGAUAUUACGACACCGGCCAGCGUCGCCACCUCUUGAAUAUGGGCAAGUAUGCUGCAAGCCUGCUUGUGGUAGUUCUCAGCAGGCCAGGAUUCCCGAAAUGGAUCGUCAUUCUUGCCUCGGCUGUCGCAACUUGUUAUGCUGCCAUCUGGGAUGUCACGAUGGAUUGGGGCCUGGGAGUGGAAGAAAUCUUCUUGGGCCGCUUGAAUGGGCACGGUGAUGGUGGGGUUCUGUCUCCAAGAGGCAGGCAUGACACCUAUCUUGGCGACUCGCCGCAGUCUUGGCAAGGGUCUGCUGUAGAGCUCAACCUAAUGAGGCAAACUCAGAACAGCCAGCCUUCGCGACAUUUUCCGCGAAGGGUUUACUACAUUGCUAUCCUGAUGGACAUCCUCUUGCGGCUGACAUGGGUGCUGACCCUGAUGCCCAUCACGAUUCUAACUACCGACAUUGUUGCUCGCGAAAUACUGCAUUGCUUCAUGACGGUGGCAGAAAUUUUUCGUCGGAUGUUCUGGGCCAUCCUUCGCAUCGAAUACGAGCAAGUGGCCAAUGCCAGUGGCUACCGCGCUCUUCUGUGGGUGCCAAUGAAGGUCGGGCAGCGCGCCGGCGAGACGGAGGUACGCACAGCAAGGAGCUGGAGGACUGGCAUAGCACAGCGUCUGCUCAACUAG